GUCAGUUAAACGUGCGCGCAUCUUAUUGGUCAAAUGUGAGCGGAUGUUUUCUUCACUGCACUGGUUUACGGCAAACGCCUGCGAGAGAAACGCGUUUGAUUAUCUGCAGGAGCAAACGAUACAAAUCAGUGUUUUCAGAGAUGAUUGAGGUGGUUUGUAAUGAUCGUCUGGGGAAGAAGGUCCGGGUCAAAUGCAAUCAGGAGGACACGAUCGGAGACCUGAAGAAGCUGAUCGCAGCUCAGACCGGCACACGGUGGGACAAGAUUGUGCUCAAGAAAUGGUACACCAUAUUCAAGGACCACGUGUCACUGGGAGACUAUGAAAUCCAUGACGGCAUGAACCUCGAGCUCUAUUACCAGUAGAAAACACACACACACACACACACACACACACACACACACACACACACACACACACACACACACACAGAGUUUGAGUUUGUGGAGCGAGUUGGUUUCAUCAUGUCUCGAGGCAUCAAUAUUUGUUCAGUUGAAUUGUUUUGAUAUUAUUUGGAAAUAAAACUCAUAUUUAUGUAUGA